AUGAUGGCAAACCACAACAUAGCUCGCCUUCCAGUUCCUAAUCCCGUUGACUCAUUCUGGACUGCGGAGCCCAAAAAGCUCGACAAUCAUCGCAGCACCGAGGGGCUGCCGUCAAAUGCCGAUAUCGUCAUCAUUGGCUCGGGCCUGUCCGGAGUGGCCACAGCGUACUUUCUGCUCAAGGACAACCCGAACCCGCCCUCCAUCGUUCUACUCGAGGCUCGCGGGAUUUGCUCAGGCGCCACAGGAAGGAACGGUGGCCAUGUGAAACCGGAUACAUACUCAGACAUUCCAAAGUUUGCAAAACUGUUCGGCAUUGAAGCAGCCGCUGAGCUAGCCGAGUUCGAGGCAUCCCACGUAUACGCGGUCAAAGACCUUGUCCAAAAAGAGAGGAUUGACUGCGACUUCCACGUUACCAGGGCCCUUGAUGUGUACCUUGAACCUGACCAUGCAAAAUCAGUCGAGGCUACAUAUAACAGCGUUUACAAAGAGGGGCGGGUGAAUCUGUCUGAUGUCACGUUUACUUCCGAGCAAGACGCGGAAAGGAUUUCUGGAGUGAAGAAUGCCAAAGCCCUUGUUUCAUACACAGCGGCUCAUCUCUGGCCUCUAAAGCUUGUUCAUGGCCUUGUAGAGAAGCUUAUCGGGAAAGGGUUAAACGUCCAGGCCCAUACCCCGGCGGAUUCUGUCCAAGAGUCACAAGCAAAAACAGGUUCAUGGUUAAUCAAAACAAGCCGAGGCGACAUUGAAGCAAAACAAGUUAUCCAUGCCACCAAUGCCUACGUAUCCUACCUCCUUCCGGAAUACAGACAAUCUAUCACGCCCGUGCGUGGAGUUUGCUGCCACAUCCAAGGUCCUCAAAAGAAAAAGAAUCCCCACUUACCAAACACAUAUGGCAUAAGGUUUGACGAAGUCAACAAUGAUUACCUGAUUCCCAGGCCCGACGGAAGCAUCAUCGUGGGUGGUGCCAGGGAAGCAUUUUGGCACAAGAAGAACCAGUACUUUGAUAAUAUUAGAGAUGAUGAGCUUGUCAAAGAAGCAAGCAGUUACUUCGACAACUAUAUGCAGAAGUACUUCCGGGGUUGGGAGGACAGCGAUAUGAAGGUACAGAGAAUCUGGACAGGCAUCUUGGGUUACAGUUUUGACUAUAUGCCUCAUGUUGGUCAGGUUCCUGAUAAACCAGGUCAAUUCAUCAUCGCAGGAUUUACCGGUUAUGGUAUGCCCAAAAUCCUGCUUUGCGGCAAGGGACUUGCUGCCAUGGCACGGGAUGGAGUUUCAUUUGAAGCAACCGGGCUGCCAAAACCGUUUAAAACAACGGUGGUCAGAAACAGGUCUCAAUCAAACCCCCUCAAAGAGUCUCUCCAAACACUAUGGGAGGAACAAGCAAAGCUAUGA